AAAAAACAAGUCCCCAACUCCAAAAACUCUUAUCCCAAUCCCAAUAAACAAACAAGAAUAUAGUACUACAAAUUUAGCUCGACUCUCUUAUCUUCAUAUUAGUUGUUUUUCCCGAAUGAAGUUUUGACUGAAUAAGUUAAUAUUUGUGCAUUUUUUAGCGUUAUCAGACUGCAGCAGCCGACACUUUUCACCUCCCAAUACACCACCACGUAGUCUAAUAUUUUAAUCAAUAUAAAACUACUUAUAUAACACUGUAACUCCACCACUUUGCCCCGGUUCCUCCUCUCUCUCACUUUCCUCUCUCUUUCCUUUGUUGGCUUUCUACUUUCUAUCUAUUUUGGUCCAUGGUCUGAAGGGUCAAUUAUUCUUGCAAGGAGAGAGUGGAAGUUGAAAAAGAGUUGGGAGAUGAACUCUGAGGAGAAUUGGUUGAUUUAAGACUGAGGUUUAUCAGUUGGAUAACCUUAACAAGUCCUUUGAAGUUUGGUGUCAAUUUUGAGAGUCUACUACCUUGAACAAUGAUGAUGUUCGACGAUAUCGGGUUUUGCGGUGAUCUGGAGUUCUUUUCUGCUCCACUCAAGGAAGCAGAUUCAGUAACUCCUCAGGCUGAACCUGAAUCAGACCCAGUUGUUGAUGAUGACUAUACUGAUGAGGAAAUUGAUGUUGAUGAACUGGAAAGGAGGAUGUGGAGGGAUAAGAUGCGUCUGAAAAGGCUCAAGGAAAUGAAUAAAGGCAAGGAUGGUGUUGAUGUGGCCAAACAGAGGCAGUCCCAAGAGCAGGCUAGGAGAAAGAAGAUGUCAAGGGCACAAGAUGGAAUAUUGAAGUAUAUGCUGAAAAUGAUGGAAGUGUGUAAGGCUCAAGGGUUUGUCUAUGGGAUUAUUCCUGAAAAAGGGAAACCAGUAAGUGGUGCAUCUGACAAUCUCAGGGAGUGGUGGAAGGACAAGGUCAGAUUUGAUCGUAACGGCCCUGCUGCCAUCUCCAAAUACCAGGCAGAUAAUUCAAUCCCUGGCAAGAAUGAGGGCUGUAAUCCUGUUGGUCCUACACCACAUACUCUGCAAGAGCUUCAAGAUACCACCCUUGGAUCAUUGUUGUCAGCCCUGAUGCAGCACUGUGAUCCCCCUCAGAGGAGAUUUCCAUUAGAGAAGGGUGUUCCGCCACCAUGGUGGCCCACAGGGAAUGAGGAGUGGUGGCCUCAAUUGGGCUUGCAGAAGGAUCAAGGCCCUCCACCUUACAAGAAGCCUCAUGAUCUGAAAAAGGCAUGGAAGGUGGGUGUUCUAACGGCUGUGAUCAAGCACAUGUCUCCUGAUAUUGCCAAGAUUCGCAAGCUUGUAAGGCAAUCAAAGUGCUUGCAGGACAAGAUGACUGCCAAGGAGAGUGCAACGUGGCUCGCCAUCAUCAACCAAGAGGAGACUUUGGCUCGAGAACUAUUCCCUGAUCGGUGCCCUCCUUUGUCGUCAUCUGGUGGCAGCGGAUCUUUCGCAAUGAAUGACAGCAGUGAGUAUGACGUGGAAGGUGUCGAAGAUGAGCCUAACUUUGACGUACAGGAGCAAAAGCCAAGUAAUCUUCAUCUGUUGAAUAUGGCAACCGACAGGUUUAAAGAUAGGCUUCCUGUUCAGCAACAAUCUCAUGCAAUUAAGGAUGAAGUCGUAACCAAUUUAGACUUUGCCAGAAAGAGGAAGCCAGCUAAUGAGUUGGAUGUCAUGAUCGAUCACAAAAUCUACACGUGUGAGUUCCUUCAAUGUCCUCAUAGCGAACUUCGCCACGGAUUUCAGGACAGAUCUUCCAGAGAUAAUCAUCAACUAUCUUGUCCUUUUCGAAAUUCUCCACAAUUUGGAGUUUCGAAUUUUAACGUUAAUGACGUCAAGCCGAUGGUCUUUCCUCAGUCAUUUGUCCAGCCAAAGUCUGCUGCCCUGCCAGUUAAUGCAAACCCACCAUCCUUCAAUCUAUCAGGGAUUGGAGUUCCAGAAGAUGGGCAAAGGAUGAUCAAUGACCUCAUGUCAUUUUAUGAGUCUAAUAUCCAAGGCAACAAGAAUGCAGAUUCUGGGAAUGCCGCUGUGAUUAAAGAGCAAUCUGUUCAGCAACCUGGCAUGCAAUGUCAAUCUGACAAUUACCUUCAUGGCCAAGGGAUAAUGAUGGAGGGUAAUAUCUUUGAAGAUACUAAUGUAUCCAGCAACCGUUCUAUUUUUCAGCAGGGAGAUCGUUUUGAAGAUACUAACAUUCCAGCUAGUCGCCCCAUGUUUCAGCAUGGUGACCGGUUUGACCAGUGCAAGAUAACAAGUUCUCCAUUCAACAACUCCAAUGAGAAUUUCCAGUUCAUGUUCGGGUCACCAUUCAAUCUACCUUCUGUUGACUUUACUGAAGGCUUGCCUGGGAUUUCGAGGGAUAAUGCAUCAAAGCAGGACCUCCCAAUAUGGUACCAUUAAGAAAAGAUUAGCUGAAAUGAGUAUCAAGUAGUCAGUCUUGGCAAUCAAUCAAAGCAAAGCUCGUUCCGGUGAUCGGAGGGUUCAUCAGAUAAUAGGUCUAUCUGCUCUAUAAGGUGGAUUUUUAAUCGCCAGAAUAUUAUCUUAGUUUGUUGUUUUCCUUACAUUGUAGUUAUAGAAGUUGUAAGGGCUAGUCAUGGUUGUAAUAAACAGGUGCGGAUGGUCCCCUGAACAUUUGACCAUGUUGUUGAAAUUAUUAGACUUUUAGAUGAUGUUAUAUAUAAAAUUAUAUAUAUCCUAUUAUCUGUCGUUUGCUAUAUUAA